UUUCCCUCCACGCCGGGACUGGGGGGAGGGAGGCGGUCAUUGGCCUUAGCGCCUUUUCUGGCGGCGGUAGAUUUGAAGCGAUUUAAAGGACUGGACCCCGGGAAGAGGAGAGUGUACUAGUGCAAGUGCAAAAAGAUUGGAUCAGCUUGUCCUUGAUUUUUCUCUAUUUAAAGAAAUGUAUGAAAAAUCUUUGCUGUUUUCGUCUGUUUGCCUGAAACUGUAUUUUACUCAUAGAUUGAAGUAUUGAAGCCAUGGGAAUAAAGGUUCAGCGUCCUCGAUGUUUUUUUGACAUCGCCAUUAAUAAUCAACCUGCUGGAAGAGUUGUCUUUGAAUUAUUUUCCGAUGUGUGCCCCAAAACAUGCGAGAACUUUCGUUGUCUUUGUACAGGUGAAAAGGGGACAGGGAAAUCAACUCAGAAGCCAUUACAUUAUAAAAGUUGUCUCUUUCACAGAGUUGUCAAAGAUUUUAUGGUUCAAGGUGGUGACUUCAGUGAAGGAAAUGGACGAGGAGGGGAAUCCAUUUAUGGAGGAUUUUUUGAAGAUGAGAGUUUUGCUGUUAAACACAACAAAGAAUUUCUCUUGUCAAUGGCCAACAGAGGGAAGGAUACAAACGGCUCACAGUUCUUCAUAACAACAAAACCAACUCCUCAUUUAGAUGGGCAUCAUGUUGUUUUUGGGCAAGUGAUUUCUGGUCAAGAAGUUGUGAGAGAGAUAGAAAACCAGAAAACAGAUGCAGCUAGCAAACCAUUUGCUGAGGUGCGGAUACUCAGUUGUGGAGAGCUAAUUCCCAAAUCUAAAGCUAGGAAAGAAGAAAAGAAAAGGCAUAAAUCCUCCUCCUCCUCAUCAUCAUCAUCCAGUGACUCAGAUAGUUCAAGCGAUUCUCAGUCCUCUUCUGACUCUUCUGAUUCUGAAAGUGCUUCUGAAGAGAAAUCAAAAAAAAGAAAGAAGAAACAUAGGAAAAAUUCUCGUAAACACAAGAAAGAAAAGAAGAAGCGAAAGAAAAGCAAGAAAAGCGCAUCUAGUGAAAGUGAGGCUGAAAAUCUUGAAGCACAACCCCAGUCUACUGUUCGUCCAGAAGAAAUCCCUCCAAUACCUGAAAAUAGAUUCCUAAUGAGAAAAAGUCCUCCUAAAGCUGAUGAAAAAGAAAGGAAGAACAGGGAGAGAGAGAGAGAGUGUAAUCUACUUAACUCCCAGCCUGCUUCAUACCAGAGGCGACUUUUAGUUACUAGGUCUGGCAGGAAAAUUAAAGGAAGAGGACCAAGGCGUUAUCGAACUCCUUCUAGAUCCAGAUCCAGGGAUCGUUUCAGACGUAGUGAGACUCCUCCACAUUGGAGGCAGGAGAUGCAGAGAGCUCAAAGAAUGAGGGUAUCAAGUGGUGAAAGAUGGAUCAAAGGGGAUAAGAGUGAGUUAAAUGAAAUAAAAGAAAAUCAAAGAAGCCCAGUUAGAGUAAAAGAGAAAAAAAUAACUGAUCAUAGGCAUGUUUCUGAGAGUCCAAACAGAAAAAGUGAAAAGGAAAAGAAAGUUAAAGAUCAUAAAUCUAACAGCAAAGAGAGAGACAUCAGAAGAAAUUCAGAAAAAGAUGAUAAAUAUAAAAACAAGGUAAAGAAAAGGGCCAAAUCGAAAAGUAGGAGUAAGAGCAAAGAGAAAUCCAAGAGUAAGGAAAGAGAUACAAAGCAUAAUAGACAUGAAGAAAAGAGGAUGAGGUCAAGGAGUAAAGAAAGGGAUCAUGAGAAUGUUAAAGAAAAAGAAAAGUCUGAUCCUAAAGGAAAAGAUCAGGAAAGGAGUAGAAGUAAAGAGAAGUCUAAACAGUUAGAAUCCAAAAGCAAUGAGCAUGAUCAUAAUAAAAGUAAGGACAAGGACAGACGUGCACAGUCUAGGAGUAGAGAACGCGAUGUAACUAAAGGCAAACACAGUUACAAUAGUAGAACAAGGGAACGAAGCAGAAGUAGGGAGAGGAGCAGAAGAGUGCGGUCUAGAAGCCAUGACCGAGAUCGCAGCAGAAGCAAGGAGUAUCACAGAUACAGAGAACAGGAGUACAGGAGAAGAGGAAGGUCACGGAGCCGAGACAGAAGAGCAACGCCAGGAAGAUCAAGAAGUAAAGACAGGAGGAGAAGGAGGAGAGAUUCACGGAGCUCAGAGAGAGAAGAAAGUCAAAGCAGAAACAAAGAAAAAUACAGAAACCAAGAAAGUAAAAGUUCACACAGAAAAGAGAAUUCUGAGGGUGAGAAGAGAAUGUACUCUAAAAAUCGUGAUCAUAGUAGCUCAAAUAGUAACAGGGAAAAAAAGGCUGAUAGAGAUCAAAGUCCGUUCUCAAAAAUGAAACAAAGUAGUCAGGACAAUGAAUUAAAGUUCUCAACUUUGAAAAAUAAGGAGGAUGAGAAGACCAGAUCCUCAGUGGAAAAAGAAAACCAAAAAUCAAAGGGUCAAGAAAAUGACCACACACAUGAUAAAAAUAAAAAAUUUGAUCAUGAAUCAAGCCCUGGAACAGAUGAAGACAAAAGUGGAUGAAUGAGGUAUAUAAACUUAUUUCCAUUCUGUCUCAAAUUUUAAGUUUUAGAGACUUGCUGAUGAAUCCCCUUUAUGUUGUUUUCUUUUCAUUGUUUUGGGUUUAUGUUUGUCUUUUUUUUUUUUUUUUUUUCCAAUGUGGACUUUAUUGAGUCGAUCUUUUGAUAAUCUGCAACCUGGAUAAUUUGUACUGCAAAAGUUUUAAUAAACUUGAAAUGAGAAAAACACUUUGGUGUAAUACUGUGUGCUGUGUUUAACUAUUUCAUGUAUGCAUUUUUGUGUUGCAACAAUCAGCCAGUAGCAAACAUGCUAUUCUACACCCUGAUUUGUGUGAUCGGCCAGUUGGAAACAAACAUAACUGAUUGUUGGAAUACAUUGUUACAAAAGCUUGUGUUUCUCAUGAUUAAAGUAACCUUAGAAGCCACUAGGUAGAAGAAAUCUUGUGUAGAUUUUUCUAUUGCAUUUAUAACAGAGGCUUGCAGCAGCAGCUUUUAAUUACACAGAAGUGGGACCCUAAUAACUUGAGAUAUUAAGUCAUUACUUUUGAUUUUAUAGUAAUUUGUGCUUUAAAAUAGAUAGUUAUUUAUAUUGCACUUCAUGUUACUCUUUGUAUUUCUACCGGUAGCUUGUUUCAUAUUAAUAUUUUUCCUCUUUAGUUUUGUUUUACUUCACUGUCUGUAAAUAUAGUUGAGUAUUUUUUUCAGUUGAUGUACUGAUUGGGCUUGGCUUGCUGUUACACAGCAUCUGACAAGAACUGUACCUUGAAGAUCAGGUUGUAAUUCUCAAUUCUGUGUUGCUGUUGGUCUGAAGAGAUGAAACUUGCUUUGGGGGAAUGUUUGAUUAUUAUUAUUACCAUUACCCUUCUCUAAAAUGAAAAAAAUAGUUUUCUCACUAAAACAUACCACUUGUGCAGGUCUUUAUGUUAGACAGAUUCUAAAAAUUGUUAGUAUUGACACAUUAACUUAGAUUUCUCUUUUUGGGCCACUGACCUAUAUAGAGUUGAGUAUUAAUGUUGCAUGUUUUUUUUUUUUUUAACUUGAACUGA